AUGUUCUUGCCACAUCGGAGUAGAGGAACCAUCAAUAAACCAUUGCAAAGCGACAUGUCUUGCAUACCUUGGGUUUAUGAUGACAUUACAACAUGUGCCAGAGAGAGAAUUAACUACGUGGUACCAUUAAUACUAAUAAUUUCUACGACAUUAUUCAUUAUUUACACCGUAACUUUCAGCUAUCUCAAUGGCAAUAUCUCACCUUACCAUGACGGUACGACUGUGGAAUAUCUAGAACAGGAACCGUCGUUGGUUGAUGAAGUUACACCUUUACUACAAGAAGCAGCUCCUACGAAUUACCGAAGUAGUACUGUGGAUAUUACUACAAAGACAAUGACUUCCCUUAAGGACAGACAUUUCUCAAUAGAACGAUUGCAAGUGCAAAAGCUCAAUGGUGAUCCACAUGGGAAAGCUAUCCUUAUUAGAAGAAAUUUUGCUGAAAAAUCAAGAGUAAUUGCAGAAUUGAUGCUAGUCCUGUGCCAACUGGUAAUCCACUUCUUCAUCUUUAAAAAUUAUAGAAAUAAGAUAGAAGAUUUCCAAGGUAAUAAGAUUUUAGUUCUUCUAUCAGAGUGGCUAGUUAUAAGUAUAAUUGUUGGUGCUCGUCUUAUCAAUAUAAACCAGUCAUUCAAAUGGAUCAAUAAUCAUAUGGGUAACUUGUGGGUGAUCUCCUUCUCUUCAUACACAGUGCUAUUUUUGUCGUGUUUAUUGCCAUUUCGUUCGUCACUAAUAGGACAUAUACUUGAUCCUACCCUUAGAAAGUACUAUGCCUGUCAAUUUGUUCUCAAUGGUUUAUUAUUCACUCUAUUAUUCUUUGCACCUGUCGGUAACAGUUUCCCCAUUCUCUAUAAGACAGAUGACCAUAUAACAGCAUCACCUGAACCAAUUGCAUCUAUUGCAAGUUUUGUCUCAUGGGCAUGGAUAGAUAAAUUGAUAUGGAAAGCACACAAUUCAUCCAUCACAAUGCAAGACGUUUGGGGAUUAAGAUUGGAAGAUUAUUCAAUAUUUGUUGCUAAAAGUUUCAGACACUAUACGAACAAUCUUUCAAAAAAUCGUGAUUUUACAGUCAAUUUAAUUCUUUUCUUUACCAAAUAUUUGAGUAUACAAGCUAUUUGGGCAACUAUUGCCGCUUUUGCCACAUUAUUCCCAACAUUACUUUUACGAAGAAUUUUAGAGUAUGUCGAGGAUCAAAGCUCAGCACCAAGAAGUUUGGCUUGGUUUUAUGUCACAUGUAUGUUUCUUUCGAGAAUUCUGGUGUCCAUUUGCGAAGGUCAAGCGUUAUUCCUUGGGAGAAGAGUUUGUAUUAGAAUAAAGAGCAUCGUCAUUUCUGAGAUUUAUAAUAAAGCCCUAAGAAGGAAGGUUUCUGUAAAAUCCAACAAGGUCUCCGCUGAGGAUCUUGAUCCUCAAGAUGUAAACGAACAGAAGCAUAUUGAUGGGGAUGAAGAAUCAUCAGAUCCUUCCUCUGCAAAUUUAGGUGGAAUUAUCAAUUUAAUGGCCGUUGAUGCAUUUAAAGUUUCUGAAGUUUGUGCAUACCUUUUUGCAUUUGUUGAAGCAACUGUCAUGGCCAUCAUUUCAUUGACUCUUCUCUAUAGGCUUAUAGGUUCUUCCGCCAUUAUUGGCACAAUCGUUAUCUUAAUUGCCGCACCAGCCAAUUAUUACUUCGCUACUUUGUUAGGGAAGAUUCAAAAAGCCACUUUACUAGUUACAGACAAACGUAUUCAAAAGCUUAACGAAUCUCUUCAAGCUAUUCGUAUUAUUAAAUUUUUCUCAUGGGAGGAUAAUUUCGAGAAAAGCAUUAAUGAUGUAAGAGAACAAGAAUUACAAUUAUUGCUAAAGAGAUCUAUGGCUUGGGUGUGCAGCUCCUUUGUCUGGUUUGUUACGCCCUCCCUUGUCACUGCAGCAGCAUUUGCAUUUUACAUAUAUGUUCAAAAGGAAGUGCUGACAACUCCAAUUGCCUUCACAGCUCUUUCAUUGUUUACUUUAUUGAGGAACCCAUUGGAUCAAUUGUCAGAUAUGUUAAGUUUUGUAAUUCAAUCAAAAGUUUCGUUGGAUAGAAUCAGGGAUUUCCUGUUGGAAACUGAUACUGCAAAAUAUGAUCAACUUACAGUUGCUCCACAAGGCGAUCAAUUAGAAUUCAAAAAUACUACCGUUUCUUGGGAUUCUAGCGCACAAGAUUUUAAGUUAAAGGAUUUAAAUAUUGAUUUUAAGAUUGGAAAAUUAAACGUUGUCAUAGGCCCAACAGGUUCGGGUAAAACGUCGUUGUUAAUGGCAUUAUUAGGUGAAAUGAAAAUCAUGGAAGGUGAAAUUAUUGUUCCAUCAUUAGACCCUAGAGAAGACCUCGUUGUUGAUGAAAAUGGGACUACCAAUUCGAUUGCCUAUUGUUCUCAAGCUGCGUGGUUAUUAAAUGAUACUGUAAGAAAUAACAUUUUGUUUAAUAGUCCUUAUAAUGAGGCAAGAUAUACUUCUGUGAUAGAAGCAUGUGGCCUAAAACGUGAUUUUGAGAUUCUUAAAGCUGGAGAUAUGACUGAGAUUGGGGAAAAAGGUAUUACUUUAUCUGGUGGUCAAAAACAAAGAGUCUCUUUAGCAAGAGCCAUGUACUCUAACUCUCGUCAUAUCCUAUUAGAUGAUUGCCUUAGUGCUGUUGAUUCUCACACUGCUUUGUGGAUUUAUGAUAAUUGUAUUACAGGUCCAUUAAUGGAUGGAAGAACUUGCAUUUUGGUGUCUCAUAACAUAGCUCUGACAUUAAAAAACGCUGAUUUAGUUGUUAUUCUCGAGGACGGGAAAGUGAAAGAUCAAGGUGACCCAAUGGAACUUCUACAAAAAGGAUUACUAGGUGAAGACGAAUUAGUUAAGAGCAGCAUCUUAUCUAGACAUGCUUCCUCUGUCAAUUUAAACAGCCAAAAGAGUACUACAACUUUGCAGGCUUCAAAGCACCCAAAACCUGAAACGUCUAAACCUCAACAAACAGAUGCUGAACGUACAGAAUCAGGGAAGCUUAUAGCCGAGGAAACUAAAUCUGAAGGUCAAGUUGAUCCAGAGGUCUAUACAUGGUAUAUUAAUAUUUUUGGUGGGUGGAAAACGCUAUCUAUGGUAGCGUGUAUAUUUGUUCUGGCUGAAUUACUUUAUGUUAGUCAAUCGUGGUGGGUUAGGUCGUGGGCAUCGAAUAAUUUGGCUGAAGGUGCCAUGGUGACAAUUAGCUCGACAAUAGAUUAUUGUGUUUUAAACAGUAAACGUCUAGCUGAUAUUUUAACUCUAUCCGUUCCACCUACUGAAAUAUCUUCUUCUCCAGCUUCAACAUCUAGCCAAAAACAUUCCACUAUGUAUUAUCUUUCAAUAUAUUUUUUGAUUGGUAUAGCACAAGCAUUACUCGGAUCCCUUAAAGUAUUAAUCAACUUCUUUUUAGGUGUUAAGGCAUCUAGGAAAAUUUUUAUCGACCUACUGAAAAAAGUAAUGCAUUCCAAACUGAGAUUCUUUGAUUCUACUCCUAUUGGGAGGAUCAUGAAUCGUUUUUCUAAGGAUAUUGAGGCUAUCGAUCAAGAAUUGGCUCCAGUCGUUCAAGGUGCCUUUUAUUCUCUUGUAAGUUGUGUGACCACUAUCCUAUUGAUUACCUUUAUUACUCCUCAGUUUUUGUCUGUGGCCAUUCUUGUCACUGGUUUAUAUUACCUCAUUGGUUAUUUUUACUUGGCGGCCUCCAGAGAAUUCAAACGUUUUGAUUCAAUCACCAAGUCCCCUAUUUAUCAACAUUUCUCAGAAACCUUGGUUGGUGUCACCACCAUCCGUGCCUUCGGUGAUGAAGGUAGAUUUAUGCAAGAAAACUUGUCUAAGAUCGAUGAGAACAAUAGACCAUUUUUCUAUUUAUGGGUGGCAAAUCGUUGGUUAUCGUUUAGAAUCGAUAUGGUGGGUGCAUUGGUUGUUUUUGGAUCGGGUUCAUUUAUUAUCUGGAAUAUUAAGAAUAUUGAUGCUGGUAUGGCAGGUAUUUCUUUAACGUAUGCUAUUUCUUUCACAGAAGGAGCCUUAUGGUUGGUUAGAUUAUAUUCUAAUGUUGAAAUGAAUAUGAAUUCUGUGGAAAGAUUAAAGGAAUACAUGAAAAUAGAACAAGAGCCAUAUGAAGACGCUACUUGUACUCCACCACCUGAGUGGCCCCAGGAAGGUAAAAUCGAGGUUUGUGAUUUGUCAUUACGUUAUGCCGAAGGGUUGCCAAGAGUAAUUAAAAAUGUCACGUUUACAGUUGCACCCAAAGCUAAAAUUGGUAUUGUUGGUAGAACUGGUGCUGGGAAAUCUACAAUAAUCACGGCUUUAUUUAGAUUUUUGGAUCCUGAAACAGGUUACAUUAAGAUUGAUAAUAUUGACAUCACAUCGAUAAAUUUGAAUAAACUCCGUCGUUCAAUUAACAUUAUUCCUCAAGAUCCAACAUUGUUUACGGGGACAAUUAAAUCCAAUUUAGAUCCGUAUGGAGAAUAUUCUGAUGAAGAUAUGUUUACAGCAUUGAGACGUGUUAAUCUGGUUCCUGAGGAUGUGUCAUCGAAUAUUGAAACAGAAUCAAUUUCAUCGCAAAAUGUAAACAAAUUCUUAAAUUUAAACAAUGAGAUCAGUGAAGGUGGCUCUAAUUUAUCACAGGGACAAAGACAAUUGGUUUGCUUAGCACGUUCGUUAUUAAGAAGUCCUAAGAUUAUGCUUCUAGAUGAAGCGACUGCAUCAAUUGAUUACAACUCUGAUGCCAAAAUUCAAGAAACGAUUAGAAAGGAGUUUAAUAGUAGCACUAUUUUGACAAUUGCACAUCGUUUGAGAUCGGUUAUCGAUUAUGACAAGAUUUUGGUAAUGGAUGCAGGGGAGGUGAAAGAGUAUGAUCAUCCUUAUUCUCUAUUGCUAAAUAAGAAGAGUAUUUUCUACAACAUGUGUGAGAAUAGUGGUGAACUGGACCUUCUGAUAGAUAUGGCCAAAGAAGCAUUUGUAGAAAAGUUAAACUGA